UUUGACGUACAUUUUUAGCGCGGAGUUUGUUGUUUGCGGAAAAGGAGAGGGGAAGAGCACUUCUGGAUUUGUUUGUCUUUUAUAAAGUUCUGCUUUGUAAUAUUCCAGGAUAUCUUUAUUUUUUUGAAUUUGUCUCAGAGUAUUCAAUUAGUAUAAUCGGCUAUCCUUUACAAGCGAUUUGUACGAUAAAGAUCCACAGUCCACAGAACAAAUGGAAGUCAUUCCCUCUGUCUGCGAUGACAGCAACAGCACAGAAAGUCACGUCAAAGCCGACAAGCACAUUAGAAGGAGAAAACUAUCAAUGGAUGUGGAGAAUGACAUUGAGUACCUCUACGAAGCUGUUCCUCAGCUGUCCACAGUUUUCCACAUUUUAGACAAAAUUGGGGAAGGUACUUUCAGUUCAGUGUACCUGGGCGAGGCUCUGAUGGCCAAUGGGACGAAAGAGAAAUUUGCCCUGAAGCACCUCAUCCCCACCAGUCACCCUGUGAGGAUCGCUGCAGAGCUCCAGUGCCUCACUGUGGCUGGUGGAAAAGAAAACGUCAUGGGCGUGACCUACUGCUUCAGAAAGGAUGAUCACUGUGUGAUUGUUAUGCCUUAUAUGGAGCAUCAAACCUUUGUGGAUAUCAUUGGCCUGCUGAGUUUCGAGGAGGUGCGUCAGUAUAUCUACCACCUGCUGAAAGCUCUCCGACAUGUCCAUCAGUUUGGCAUCAUCCACCGUGACAUCAAGCCCACCAACUUCCUUUACAACCGGCAGGAGAAGAUGUUUGCCCUGGUGGACUUUGGGCUGGCACAGGGCACAACCGACACCCAGAUCGAGCUGUUGAAGGUGGUGAAGCAGAAGACCCAAAAGUGUGGGGGCUCCACGGGGAAACCGGAGACAUCACAGGGGAAACGGGCACCAACCUCCCUAGCCCCACCUCUACAAUCACUUUCACACCCCAGGACCUCAGCACCUCACUCUUCCUCCUCCACCUCUUCUUCCACUUCCUCAAAACCACCAGAUAAGAGGGUCUCGGUCUCCACAUUUUCCUCCACCACCCGCUCUAAACACACCAAGGAGUUCUCAGGUCUGUGUAAAACACCGCGGGCCGUAUUUGGAGAGAGGAACCUGAAUAGCUUUACCUCCGUCCCCACCAAAACCACUGACCCCAAGUUAGAGCUGGUGAAGCCCACUAAAACAGAGGACCCUGCCACACGCAAGUUUAUCUCUGCCCACCGGCGCCCAGUACCUGUCAGGACCCCUGUCAGCAACCAGAGACCCAACCAGAGGAUGACCCCUGCUGCGGUCAACCUGGGCUUCACCUGCAGCUGCUACUCCACCGACAGAGUCUGUAACAUCUGUAUGUCUAGGAAACAGCAGGUGGCUCCCAGGGCCGGAACCCCUGGCUUCAGAGCACCAGAGGUCCUGACCAAGUGUCCCAACCAGGGAACAGCCAUAGACAUUUGGUCAGCUGGUGUGAUCCUGCUUUCCCUGCUGAGUGGCAGGUACCCCUUCUUCAAAGCCAGUGACGACCUCAUUGCCCUCACACAGAUCAUGACCAUCCGAGGCUCCAGAGAAACCAUCCAGGCUGCCAUGACUUUCGGUAAAUCAGUGGUGUGCAGCCGUGAGCUCCCCCGGCAGGACCUGAGGACCCUGUGUGAAACGCUCAGAGGAAGGAGACCAUCCCCGGACGAUGAGGCAACACCACAUCCCCACAGAGACACUUCCACACGCCACCACCAUACCCAUGACUCCCCCAUUUCCACUCAUCCCCCUGGGGAGCCCUCUAGACAGCACCUCCCAGAGGAGGACCAGACCCUAGCAGAGCCUGAGGCCCAGGAUGAGAGGGGAUGGGACAGGGUGCCUGACGAGGCCUACGACCUGCUGGAUAGACUGCUGGACCUGAAUCCAGCCAAACGCAUCACAGCUGCACAGGCACUGCAGCAUCCACUUUUUACUGACCUCUGAGAUUACUGUUUUCACUCAUCUUUGCCAAGGAAGUGUAUGAAUUUCAAAUGUGAAGAUGUGCUAUUUACUUGAAUUGUUCCUUGUUACCAUAUAAUUUAUGAUUGCCUUGUUAAAUAUAAAAUUGUACUUACAUUCUCAGAAUAAAAUGUAUUAAAGCA